AUGGCGGUGCAGGCGGCGCUCCUCAGCACACACCCCUUCGUCCCCUUCGGCUUCGGUGGCUCCCCGGAUGGGUUGGGGGGCGCCUUCGGAAGCCUGGACAAGGGCUGCUGUUUCGAGGACGAUGAAACCGGGACGCCGGCGGGUGCGCUGCUGGCUGGUACUGAGGGCGGGGACGUGCGCGAGGCCACCCGUGAUCUACUCAGUUUCAUCGACUCGGCGUCCAGCAACAUCAAGCUUGCGCUGGACAAGCCGGGCAAGUCGAAGCGGAAGGUGAACCACCGCAAGUACCUACAGAAACAGAUCAAGCGCUGCAGCGGUCUUAUGGGCGCUGCGCCCCCGGGCCCCCCCUCCCCAGGCGCUGCGGAAACUCCAGCCAAGCGGGCGCUCAGUGCUCCCAGCGCCCAGACCCUCGCGGUACCAGCCCACGGCAAGGCCGCCCCCCGGCGGGAUGCGUCGCAGGCCGCUGCGGCCGCCAGCCUGCAGAGCCGGAGCCUGGCCGCGCUCUUCGACUCGCUGCGCCACAUCCCUGGGGCCGCCGAUUCGGUCGGGGGUUCGGUAGCGGCACCGACGGCGGGCCUUGGUGGAGCGGGAGCCGGGGGCGCAGCAGGGGACCUGGCAGGCCCUGUGGGGGUGACGGCGGUACCCGGAGCCAGGAAGGUCCCGCUGCGUGCCCGCAACCUGCCCCCGUCCUUCUUCACCGAGCCGUCCCGGGCGAGCGGAGGCGGGUGCGGCCCGUCGGGGCCCUGUGUGAGCUUGUGCGACCUGGAGAAGGGCUCUGAGAACCUGGAGUUCUUCGAACUACUGGGUCCCGACUACGGCGCCGGCACCGAGGCGGGUGUCUUACUCGCCGCGGAGCCUCUGGAUGUAUUUCCCACCGGAGCUGCAGUCCUGCGGGGGCCUCCGGAGAUGGAGCCCGGCCUCUUUGAGCCACCAUCGAUGGUGGGAAGCCUACUGUACCCUGAGCCCUGGAGCGCCCCGGCCUGUCCCCCGACCAAGAAGCCGUCUCUGGCUACCCCCCGUGGGGACUCGAACUUGAACGAGCCCUUGCGCCGCCUGUACCCCGCCACAGUGGACUCUCCGGGUGGGGAGGAUGGGCCGGGCCUUCUGGCCUCUUUCACCCCCUUCUUCUCAGACUGUGCUCUGCCCCCGCCGCCCCCGCCCCCGCCCCACCAGGUGUCCUACGAUUACAGUGCAGGCUACAGCCGCACAGCUUACUCCAGCCUUUGGAGACCGGAUGGGGUUUGGGAAGCGGGGCCAGGGGAGGAGGGAGCGCACAGGGACUGACGCGAGGUACCCUUCCUCCCCUCGAAGACUGCUGUGGGGAGCGCCCCCUCCGGGUACCUCCUAAGCCUAGGGAACGAUUGGAAAAUGCACGGGAGAUGAAACGGGAUUGAAAGUUUCAAUGGAUAAAAGAAACUUAAAAAGAAAGGAAGAGGAGUUGGGGGUUGUUUUAAUCACAGUAUCAAGGUUUUAAAAAACGAACAGACGAGCCAAGAAACCAACACGGGAUUUGGGUAUUAGGGUGGGGACGGCAGAAGGGGCAGGAGGCGGCUUCCGUAGCCACCUGUCUCCUCUCCAGCUUUUCAGCAGAAGGUCAGUGUGUAUUAAUGUAACUGGCCCUUCCAAACAGUGCCCUGGCCCCUCCCCUUCCCUCCCCUUGGA